AUGUCGCUCUGCAAAACAAGAUUACAGGAGGAAAGAAAACAGUGGAGAAAGGACCACCCUUUUGGUUUCUUCGCCAGACCCCGUCGUGGUGAGGAUGGCUCCCUAGACUUGACCCACUGGGACGCUGGCAUUCCUGGAAAAGCAAACAGCUUGUGGGGAGACGCCACCUACCCUGUGAGCAUCUCCUUCUCCGAAGAAUAUCCAUCCAAACCACCCAAGGUGAUGUUUCCUGCGGGCUUCUACCAUCCUAAUGUUUAUCCCAGUGGAACGGUGUGCUUGUCCAUCUUAAACGAAUCACAAGACUGGCGUCCAGCUAUCACCUUGAAGCAGAUUGUAUUGGGAAUCCAAGAACUUCUCACUAAUCCUAAUCCCGACUCUCCAGCACAGGAGCCAGCCUGGAAGGCGUUCAGCAAGGACCGUGCCACUUAUGAGAAACGAGUCAAAGAGCAAGCAAAACGCUAUGCUACCGCCACUUAG